CGCCCAGCGUCUGCCCGACGGAGGACUUAAAGGAGGAAACAGCUGAAAAAGAAGGAAGAAGAAGAAGCAGAAGCCUCGCGCCGCUCCGCACCGACACCAUGAAAGCAAUAAGCCCCGUGCGCUCCUUCCGGAAAAACGGCGCCGGCUUCUCGGAGCACGCGCUGGGAAUCUCUCGGAGCAAGACCCCGGUGGACGACCCGCUCAGCCUGCUGUACAACAUGAACGACUGCUACUCCAAGCUGAAGGAGCUCGUGCCCAGCAUCCCGCAGAACAAGAGCGUGAGCAAGAUGGAAAUCCUGCAGCAUGUCAUCGACUACAUCCUGGACCUGCAGCUCGCGCUGGACUCCAGCGUGGCGCUCAGCAGCCUGCACCACCCGGCGGCGCGGCCGGGCCAGAGCCCGUCCCGGACCCCCCUGACCACCCUCAACACAGACAUCAGCAUCCUGUCGUUACAGUCCCCGGAGUUCCCGUCAGAGCUGCUGACAGAUGACAGCCGGACUCUGCAUCGUUAACGCGGUGUUUGGUCAAGACGCAAAAACACACACAGGACCUGGGGAGCAGGACUUUCCCCCAGCUCUCCCUCUCACACUCCUCCAGGCCUGGAUUUUUUUUUUUUUUGCUUUUCUUUUUCUCCUGACGCUGAAAAUCAAGAGACUCUUGCUAUUACGGGACAAUCUUCUGUGAUGUGUUUUCUGUUUGGACGCUUCGUUAUUUAACUUAAGACUUUAUUUUUAUUUGUGGGUCCUUUCUGGAAAAUGGAAGGCGCGUUAUAUUCCCGACAGCGGGA